GGACAGCGACACCAGGUCAAAAGUGUGCCAUCACCAUGGUCAGAGAAAAUCAGCUGCAAAUUCUCAAUGAAGGGGCUACCUGCGUCUGCAUUCCCUGUGAUCGACAAUUCGUCUUUAUCAAUGGCCUCUUGAAUCACUGCCGUAAUGCCGAAGUCCACCAAGGCGAGUGGUGUGAGCGGUGCCAGUGGCUGUUUGUCUCGCCUGCGGCGCGCCAGGCCCAUGUGGACAACUCCCCCCGUCACAAUAUCUGCACGCCCUGUGACUUGGAUUUCAGCACUGCAGCCCUACUCGAAUCCCACGAUGUCGAUGUUCAUAACAUGUGUAUGGAUUGCGGCAAGUAUUUCCGCAAAGUCAACGAUCUGAUGCAGCACAAGCGAAGCCACCUCCCUUUGGAGAUCGAAUGCCUUGGCUGCGACCGCCUGUUCUCCGAAUUCUCUGCGAUGAUGAUCCAUCUCGAAUCUGGUAACUGCGAGAGUGGCAUUGAUAGGGACGACAUUGAUAGCUAUAUCAGAGAUUGCGGAUAUGUCAACGAAUUGUACGACGGCUUGAUGUAUCAAUGCCCCGAUUGUGAGGCCGACUUCCGUUUCGCGAGUGCUCUGUGCCAGCACGUGGCAAGCAACGCUUGCAAUCAGAAUCCCGAAGAUACCUUCAACGACAUUGAAAGCUGCAUCAAGUGUUACGUCUAGGUGUCUUUGUUGUACCAUUCAAGGCUCACUGCUUGGUGCGUUCUUCCAUCGGGGUAUUGUUUACCGCCAAAGCCGGAAAGACCAACGCAGUCACGGGCGACUUGUUGUGUAAACUAGGUAAUAGUUCUGAAGGCCCGGCGGCGUGCUAUUGUUUCAGGGUGUACGGACAUUCGUGGGACCAGAGUUUGAAGGAAGGGAUUUUAUGAGCGCAAGAAUCGGAAACUUCUCUGGCGCUCUGAAUUGGCGCUUUUUUUUUUGUCUCCAGACGUCGAUGGCAGGCUGUCUGCCAUGUGGGACUAUCAACAGAUGUGUGAUUAUCCGGUAGCUUUUGAC